GGCAAGCGGUUUGUAACAUAAAGAAAUGAUGGCGUUAUGACGUUUGAAUGUUAUAACAUGACGUACGUGACCUUAUAACGUGGCAUACAGCAUGACGUACGUGACCUUAUAACGUGGCGUACAUAACCUUAUAGCAUGACGUACGUGACCUUAUAACCUUUUCAUAUGCACAUGCGCAUAAGCAACCUUGCAUGCCUUAGCUUUCAUAACAAGCUAGCUAGCUAGCUAGAAUGGCUGAGCAGGAUGAAUUGUUUGGAGCAUGGAGUCAAUACUUUAUUGAUGUCAGUAGAUUCCUAGAGAACACAGAACAUCAACAUGAAUAGCGAAUCGAGAAUUUUGUGACUAUGUUUUGUCAAGACUAGAAGUUUGUCUGAGUACUUGCAUGCAACUAUCUGAUCAAAUGCUGCAAGGGGGUUCUGAAGUUGGAGAAGAAGAUGAGCUAGUAAUCAAUCGAAUUUGGCUCAUCUACUAGAGUGCCUGAGAAGUGUACACAGACAGUGGGUGCAAUAUGAAGAGAUGUUGGAUGUAGAAACCAGCAAAUUCCAGUAUCAAGCUGCUAGAAGAAUCUUGGGAAGAGGAAGACCUAAGUUUGAAAUUGAAAAGGAACAACUAGUGUACCUAUCAUCACUAAAUUUUAACUGGACUGAAAUUGCGGCCCUGCUGGGUGUGUCUUGUAUGACCAUAUAUGUAUACAGAAGACGAGUUGAGUUUGAAUUGCUGGAUGACUCUGCAACAACUUUAUCAAAUGAUGAGCUCAACAGAAUUGUCAAGGAAGUUCAUUCAGAAUCCCCGACGUUAAGAGUCAUUAUGAUGGUAUGUGGAAGGCUGAGAAGAAUGGGAUUAAUGUCAAGGGAUAGAGUCCGAUGUUCUCUAAGGUCAUCUGACCCAUUAAGUGCAGCUUCAAGAUUGAUGGGUGGUCUUAGUCGACGACAGCCUUACUCAGUUGCUGGUCCAAACUCCCUCUGGCAUAUUGAUUCACAUCAUAAGCUUAUUAGAUGGAGAAUCGUCACUCGUGGCUGCAUUGACGGCUGCAGUAGGCUGGUGACUUUCUUGAAGUGUUGUGGCAAUAAUAAAUCGUCAACCGUGUACGAAUUAUUUUUGUGUGCAGUUCAAAAGCAUCAGCUGCCAUCUCGUAUAAUUAUAAGAAUGGACCAAGGUGGGGAAAAUGUAUUGGUGGCACGUCACAUGUUAGGACAUGAUAUGAGGAGUGUGAUUGUAGGAGCCUCGGUCCAUAAUCAACGCAUAGAGCGACUAUAUGGAGGGACAUGCACCGCUGUGACUAUUCUCUUUUACAAGCUGUUUUACUUUAUGGAACAAGUGGAUCUAUUAGACUGUUUGAAUGAGACGCAUCUGUAUUCCCUUCAUUAUGUGUUCAUUCCACGUAUUAAUCAGGCACUUGCACUGUUCAUUGGUGGAUGGAACCAUCACUCAAUCCGAACUGCACACCAUAAGUCUCCACACCAGUUGUUUACAACAGGGGCACUACUUUUGCAGCACGACUCGCAGCUUUGGAUUUUUUUGAGAAUGUGGAGGAAGAAUAUGGAAUUGAUAUGGAAGGCCCCAUCCCGUCUCAGGGACGUUCUAUAGUUGUGCCUGAGGUGCCAAUAAGGCUAAGUUCAGAGAAUUUUGCUCUCCUACAGCAAGCUGUUAAUCCGUUAGCACCUUCUGAUGAGUUUGGCAUUGAUUUGUAUGAACAAGUUUUGCAGUUUAUGUCAACGAUUACGGUAUAAAACAUGACCAUGAUGACUCAAUUUUGAUGUUAUUCUUACAUAAUUAUUAUUUUGAUGCAUGCCAUUGUGAUGCUCAGUAAACAAAGCUCAUAAUUAUCAACAUGAAAAAUGAUUAAUGAGAGUAUGCAUGCAGUACAUAGCUAUAAGCCAAAACAAUACUACCUAUAUAAUGAAAGGGAGUUAUUGUUAGAAUUGACGAUAAUCAUAUAAUUAUUAUGAACAUCCAUGAAGGUGAUUGAUUGAAAUGAAGGAUGACACUGAGAGUAAGCUAAGUAUAGCACAGCAAAAACACAUAUGUUAUAUGGGAUGCAUCAUCGUAUUUUAGUGUUAAAAUGACAGAAAUUUAUGUCAUUUCUACAUUAAAAUAAUUUCAAAUGAUGCAUUUUAUUUGAGAUGUUUUAUGUUAUUAUAACAUAAUUAUCUGUUUUUACUGUGUAUAUAGCCAAAACAAUUAUGACGUGAUCAGCACAAAUAAUUAAACUUAAGAAGUUCAAGGUCCAUUCAGGGAAUAGUAACAUAAUGAUAAUGACGAUACUUAAUUAAGAAGUUCAUGGUCCAUUCAGAAAGAAGUUACAAACAGUUCAUUACCCAUGCAACAAAGGUCAUUGUCGUUGAGGAUUGCCAUCCACUUUCCGUGAAAUUCGCUAUAAUUGGCAUACGAGAUUGGUAGCUUUAGCAAAGCAUCACAUGUGUUGUGCGCACAGGGCCUCCUGGCCCACUCAGACGAUUGAAUUGUACGAUGAUACUGCUGACAGACAAUACACUGCUCCCAGUUGUGAAGUGAAGAAAUCGCUGAAGCAGAUUA